CAGCAGACCUUUCGAUUUCUAAAGCGACCAGUUGCGUCCGCGUCGUCGUCGCUGGUCGUCGUCGCGGUGGUACUAAAAGUGGGGUUGAAGUUACGUCGUUAUAUUUGAACUUUCCUCGAUUCUCCCUUCCACACACGAUGUUGUGAUGUUGUUGGCGAAAUAAGACAGUGCAUAAAGUCCGAGGAGUUGCCUGCGACAUUCUUACACGGUUUCGAAAAAAUACGGUCUUGUUUCAAUAAAGCUUAACUCGGAGGAAACUCUGAUAUAUCAAUUUUGUCAUGGCUACUUUAGUAACAAAUAUUAGAUUUACCCCUGCUUUUCAUUCCAUUUGUGCAACUGCGAUGAGAACACUAUCUACCAAAGCAAUGCUAAAUCCCAAAGAUGAUGCAAAAGAAGUAAUACUUAAAUACUUAGAUGGGAAAGAUAAUGGCAUUGUAGUAUUAGGAUUCAAUCGGCCAGCUAGUCGCAAUGCUUUUGGAAAGACUUUAGUGAGCCAACUACGUGAAGCCAUUUCUUGCAUUAGAGAAGACACCAAGUUACGAGUAUUAAUCAUCCGCAGUCUGGUUCCAAAAAUAUUUUGUGCUGGUGCAGAUUUAAGAGAAAGAUUAAAAAUGGACAAUUCAGAAGCCUCCUUAUUUGUUUCUUCAUUGAGAGACAUUAUGAACAACAUAGAAUCACUACCAACUCCAGUGAUAACUGCUAUAGAUGGUAUAGCAUUAGGUGGAGGGCUAGAACUGGCACUAGCUACUGAUAUCAGAGUUGCAUCAUCAGAAGCUACAAUGGGUCUUGUAGAAACAAAAUUAGCCAUUAUGCCAGGUGCUGGUGGAACACAGCGACUUCCAAGGAUAGUUGGACCUGCUAAAGCAAAAGAACUCAUUUAUACUGCACGUAUAUUAAAUGGUGAACAUGCUAUGAAGAUUGGUCUUGUUAAUGAAGUUGUUCCCCAAAAUAAGGAUGGAGAUGCUGCUUAUCAAACUGCUUUAUCUAUUGCUAGGGAAAUACUGCCUAAUGGACCCAUUGGAGUAAAAGUAUCGAAAGUAGCAAUAUCAAAUGGCCUUGAGCUACCUAUUGCAGAUGGGCUUGAAAUUGAAAAACAAUGUUACAGUCAGAUUUUGGAUACAAAAGAUAGAAUUGAAGGACUUGCUGCAUUUGUAUCAAAACGUGUACCUGUUUAUCAAGGCAUGUGAAUAUAUAAGCUCGAUGUACAAUACAUUUUACAAUACCUU